UGGCUGCACCUCUGUCAAGGGGAGCGUGGGGCAGCUCUUCCUCUUUUGCGGCACGAGGAAGGCCACGAUACCCCGCGAAGGGCGAGGGGAAGGCCGCUCCGCCUGGCAUUUUGGUGCGGGUCCGGUCGAGUCACAAAAUGGCUGUUCCUUUGUGCCGCAUAGCUGACAGACAUACUGCAUUGCACUGUGUGUACUCUAAAAACAGCAGGAAGUUGCUGGUGGGGAGUUCAAAGGCCAUCUUGUGCUCGCCGGGGCCGGGGAUUGGCUGCGCGCUCGCCUGGUAACAGCUGGCUGGACGGAGGCGCUGCGGGAGGCUGGGCCCUGCCUGGGGCUGCGUGCGCAGCCUGCCUGCGCGCUGGGUGCUGGGAGCGGGCUGCGUGCCGAGCGCCGGGUGCUGUGGGAGCGCUGGGUGCCCUCGGUGGGAGCCCAGCGCCUUCGCUACCCUUCUCUCAUCCUCUGCCUUCUGGGUUUCCUUUGUGCUUCUACGAAACGAACCGCGGGCUGUUUUUGGAAGCGAGGAGGGGGUGACUUGGAAACGAGCGGAGAGCUAUUUUUGCUGUGGCUUUUUUUGUACUUUGGAAGUAAUUGCAGAAUAUAGUAUUCCUGAAGCACCUGAAUGUCUUUCGUAGCGUUUCAGCUUGCAGCAUUCCCAAAUCAUUGAAAAUUAAAUUUACUCCCAGCACAUUUUGUACGACUGGCUUUAUCCAGACUGAGUGGAGGCAGUGACUGUGUUUACUAAACCAAGAGUUCUAGCUUUCCGUCCACGCUGGCAGGUUACUGUGUACUGCUCUGCCGUCCUGCGCGCACAGUCUCUUUCGGUUUCACUUGUGCUGGUGCAUUCUUAAAUGAGAUUUUUCUUCUUCCUACUUGAUCUUUAACCCUUUAUGAAGCUGUCGAAGGCCUUUUUUGGGAAAGGGAAAAUGCUUUCUCAGAGUAGGAAUCCAAAGGAGUAAUGUGUGAGGAAUUCGUACAAGCAGUGAUGUAAGCUGUGGGGGGGCACAAGGGAGAUUGUUCUUCUUUCCUGACUUCUGUUUCAUAUUAUCCUCUCAAAGGAAAUGUCUCAUCAAAUUACAAACGCGCAAUUCUGAGAGCUAAAACUUCUCAGUUUCCUGUUUUAUGACUGCUGCCAGGAAUGGAUACUAUAUAUAAAGCUCACCGACUGCAGGGAGCUGCAUUUAGCUAGAUUUCAUCUCUUUUGGACUGUGUCCUUUAGUUAAACUUUCUAAGGUAGAUAAUUAAAUGUUAUAUUUUCUUGAAAUGCGUGACUUCUGCUGAAUAAAAAUGGAAAACCAGAGCUCACCUGGGUAAUUCAGUAACCGUUCACAAACACUCCUGUAGCACGUGGCACGUGUUUCAGCCAGAGCUCUGCUGAGCUGGGGCACACGUGCCAUGCCACAAACAUCUCCUGCCUGCAUUUCACAGUGCUGCUGCCAUGAGGAGCUGCUGUGCUGAGAUCGGAAAUGAAACACCUGUUCUGCUUCCUUGGGUCGAUGUUUCACCUGCAGCACUGAGGGCAACAGUUACGCUCUGCGAACCUUCCCCCGUUUCUGAGGAGAGCUGAUGUGGAACGCUCCCACAGAUGGGGGAGAAGUGAUGUCAAGAGCACAGCUAUUUCUUUCAGAGUUGAAGUGAACUUCAAGUAUACACCUGGGGCUGUGAGCAGUGCCUGAACUGACGCUUCUGAUGCUGUGGCUGUGCAGCUUUUGAACUCCGAUCAGCUGCAGUGAGGCGUGGGUUUGGCAGCUCGGGCUGAAGUGGCUUCUCCUGAUAAACAACAUGGAGGUGUAUAUGAGCACCUGUUGUGCUGCAGACAGCAGUCCCAGUAGGAAUUGCACUUUUAAGUUAGGCCGAGUUCUGAAGAUGAGAAAUGUUUCUGUGGCUCUGGAAGGCUCUAAUGGAUGGAGAAAAUGCAGAACAGCACUUUCUUUCUUUUUUUCCUUCAAGGGAUGUGAAUAUGAACAGAACAACACUGAGGGAGGGGGUAGCCUGGAUUAUCGUAAUUAGUUAAGCAGCCUUCUAGCAAAGGAUGCACUGCCCUACUGACAUGGUGUCUUACAUAAAUUUUGCUGGUGUACUUCUAUGACAAGAUGUGUGCUGAAACACCACCAAACGAGCUGCUUCCAAGAGGUGGUGGGGUGCUGGUAAAAACUGCCCGUAUCCUGCAAAGGAUCAUUGGAAUGAAAGCAAAACCAGUGAGAAGAAAAAUUAGUGUCUGGUGGUUUGUGAUGAAGCUUUUUGUAAGUGUCACACUGCUCAUGCCUUCUUUUCUUGGAGCUGGGAAUGUUUUCUGGCUAUAAUAUAAUAAGCAAAAUCUUGAUUAGUCUUUCCAAAUAUGCAGUAGCAUUUAUGACCCUGCUGCUUGUGCAGCACUGCUACAAAACUAUAAUUUUUCAACAUAGGGUUUACUUAAUGUUAACGUUUUGAGAUCGUCUAUCUAGAAGCAGUCUAUAUGGGAUCCUGUCUGGGAUCCUCUCCUGGUAUGGUGCUGGUAACUGCUCACACAGCCUCACACUUUGGCUGGGCUCCUGGGGAGCCUUUGCCAAGUACUGAGCCUCACAGCUUGCUGUGCUCCUCAUCUGUUUGCUGCUCACAAACCUCUGCUCCCAGCUCCAAACGACUGUGUUGCAAUGUGAAGAAUUCCCUGUCUUCAGAACACUCAGAUCCCUAGGAAAAGAAAAAAAAAAAAGUUGUAAUAGUUUGUUUCUUGUGAGUUUUCUUGCUGGGUGCAGAUGUGGUGUAAUUGUUCACAUAUUAACUCGAGGAGUCAUUUAUGUCUCUUUCAUGGGGAGGAGCCUCUGCUCUGAAGCCAGCAGGGCUGUCGGUUGGAGGGCUUUGCAUGCCAUGUGCUGUCUGUACAAUGCAGGCUUAAGGCGAGCCUUAGAUCUGUUGCUUAGAAAAAGCUUUCAACAGACACAUGGAAUGCGAUUCUCAGGCUAGGUCAAGUUCCGUUCUUCUGAACUGCGGGUCAUCUGGCACCAGGAAGGAAGCUGUGCCUCUGACUUUUUGUAACUGAUUCUAAGUCACAAAUUCUCAUAUUCUGUUUCUUUACCGUAUUACUUCUCAAAGGAAACUUGCAAAUGUUAAAGGGAGAAAAAAAACAUGACCUGCCCGCUGCAGUAGUUUAGACUUGACUUGCAUGCUGUGUGCUCUGCAGCCUCCCUGUCUUGCAGCUUCGAAUUCUUUCUAUCUGGCAAUGUGUGCUGUUCCCAUUGUGCUGCCCGAAGCAGGAGCUGGAGUGGCAGUGGGGUACGGUGAGUUCCCCCCCCCACGCCUUGUUACAGCCGCCUGGAAAAGCAUAAGCACCCGUUGGCUGCAUUGCAUGGAGCUGCUCAGUGCAGCGUGUGGUUUGGAGUGGCUCAGUAAUGGAUGUUGAGCGUUGCAAUGCUUUGCUGCCUUCCUGGGGGUGGGGAGAGCUGUCCUUUCAAAUCCGUGAGGGCUGCAAUUGUACUUUCUACACUGCAAUUGGUGCAGGGAAGGAUGCUGUGCUGCCUUUGGACGUUCUCAAUGGCACUCCUUAAUCAAGCAGACAAGUUGUGACUCCUUUUGUCACCAUCUUUUUGUUUCUUUUUUUUUCUCCCCGCUAAACAUCCCAGGCAUUUUCAGCCUCUGGCCCAAAGAUCAGAGAGCAGGAGAGCCCCCUCUCCCACUCAUGAAUGAACUGCUGGUUUUGCUUUAUUAUGCAAGCAUAAUGUGGGGCCUUUGUAGUGGGGGGACGAGGGGAGGAAAUUUUCUGGAAAAUACUUGUCAUUCAAGAUAGCCCCAUCUGCUUUGAGCUGCAGCAAAGCAGUGAAGGAUAUAUUUAGCUCGCUCUGUGCUCAGGACUGCUUUGCCUUUGGCAUUUGGGAGUCCUGUGCUGGAGCAAGUAAAUGGUGUCUGUGGAGAUUUCCCUCUGCCUCCUCCCCUUCCUGUUCUUUGAGCCAGGCUGGCAAGUGGCACAAGCCAAUUCAGAUGGUUAUUCAGAUAGGAUGCCUGCUGGGUGCAUAAUCCCCUGGUUUUUGGGUUGCACGGUGGGCCUGUUGUGCCUGCUGCUGUGUAAAUGUAAUUAACACCCACUUUCUGCAAGCCGGGUUUGCAGUCACGUGUGGAGGAAGAGUUACCAUGGAGAAUAUACAAGUGCCUAUCGAGGAAGAAAAGUUGGCUGUCAUUAAGUGAGAUUGGGGAAAUAUUUUUCUACCUCCAAAUCCCUCCGUUUCAUCUGUGUUUUGAAGGGCACCUUGGUUAUCUGGCAGGUACAUAAGCCAUGGGUUCUUGUGCCCCAUGACAGUCUAUCCAGAUUUUCCCAGAUCUGUAUGUUGUGAGUAUUUUAAGGUGCUGAAGAGCCUCUCUGCCUUCAGUGUGUUGUAGUUUAGAACUAGAGACACAAGCAGUGCGUGAGUACUGAUAACAGAGUAAUGGCAGUACUUUUCUUCCUCUCCAUUCCCUCCCCCAUUUGCUUUGUUGCCUGUAGGAGAUAAGUUCAUUGACUAACCCAGGCUGGGAAACUUUAGUCUUUGUUGACUAAACUGUCCCAACCGUUAUCACUAGAAAAAGCCACUGCCUCAGGAGAUGGGUGGGUGCCUAUCACUUUUUUGAAAAUAAAGCCUAUAAAGUUAUGAAUGGAUUUAUUUUCAGUGACACAGGUCGGAUGCUGUUCAGUUAGCUCUUCUACAAGCUCUAUGUACGGCUGUACUUCGUAUAGCAUUGGCUUGUGAACUUUUUUGUUUUCUUAGGCAAAGGAUGGAUCCUAUUGAGAACUUUCAAGUUCUUGUGAUCCAUUUAUUAUCCCUUUUUAUCAAGUGACCUGUAGCCACAACCACUCAUGUUGCUUUCCAUGGCUAUAGGUGGAUUUACAUGGCUUGAUUUUUUUUUUUAUUUGUUAUUUUUACAGCUACUGUGUGUCUUGGGCCAUGCAUCACUAUUAACUGAUAAUGCUUGUUCCUAGUAUACAUAAACACAGUGUAUGUUUGUAUAUAAUAAUAGAGAACAUCACAUUUAUAUUCGGGGAAAUGUUAAAAAAGAAAGCAGCGUGGGAUCUGGCUGGAUCAGUGCAUGUUACGUGGUUUGUCGCAUUCCCUUUGUGUGUAGAACCACCUGUGUGUAGGUCACAUUAGGAAAGCAUAUCUGUUUGAAAUGGUUGUGAGUUGGUGGCUUGCAUUGUCUUUGCCACUGUGUGCUUUGGAGUAAAUCCAGGGUUGCUUCCAUGACCGGUGCUGCUGGUGGGCAGGUGAUGCUGGCAGCCCUCACUGAAAAACUAAAGGGAGUGAGAAACCCCUUCUAGUGGUAAAGCUGGACCUAAAAGAUGCAUGCCCCAGGGCCUGGGGGAGAUGCACAGCUGCUCGGUCUCAUGUGCCUGCUGAGUGUAUGGCUGGAACAUGUCCCAGCCCCUUCAGCUAUGUUCCCAACCAGGAUUACCAUGGGGCUGGAAUGCAGCUGACCCUUGUGGCAGGAUCAUUGGUUUUGCCAGAGGAGGAGGAUGUGGAUUCAGGUAUAGCCAAACUGGCUUCUUCCUAUCCCAAAAUUGGAGUCAUGCUGCUGGCCCCUUUCUCCACUGUACUGCUAGGCAUGAUAUACUUCCAAAGUUCUGAAGACCCGGUUCAUGCUGGCUCAAGCAAAAGUCACUCGGCAUCCGAAGAAGCCUCUGGCUCUGACUCUGCAAGCCAGUCUGAGAGCGAGCAGGGCAGCGAGCAGGGCAGCGAGUCUAACAGCAGCUCCGAGUCCUCUGAAAGUCAGUCUGAAUCUGAAAGUGAAUCAACGGGUUCGAAAUCCCAGCAGACCCCUCCUGAAACCAAAGAAAAACCAGCCUCUAAGAAGGAAAGGAUAGCAGAUGUUAAAAAGAUGUGGGAAGAAUAUCCUGAUGUUUAUGGGGUUAGGAGGUCAAACCGAAGCAGACAAGAACCGUCACGAUUUAAUAUAAAAGAUGAGGCAAGUAGCGAAUCUGAAAAUGAGAGCCCAAAAAGAAGAGGCCAGAAGCAAGUGAAAAGAAAAAAAAAGUGGAAAAGAGAGAUUUCUGGUGAAGAAGAGGAUGAAGAUGGAGGGGAUCAAGGCACCAGUGCAGAGAGCGAACCUGAACCGAAGAGAAUUAAAGCAAAAAGACCUGUCCAAAGGAGAACAAUGGCCAAAACCAAUGUUAAAAAGCCUCCCAAACUCCAGCGUGGGAAGAAGAGAAAGAGACAGGUGUCAUCUGAAGAUGACGACGAUGAUGAAGAUGGUGAAACUCCUAAGAGACAAACUCGACGAAGAGCAGCCAAAAAUGUCAGUUACAAGGAAGACGACGAUUUUGAGACGGAUUCUGAUGACCUGAUAGAGAUGACUGGGGAAGGGGCUGAUGAACACGAAGACAACAGUGAAACUAUUGAAAAAGUCUUGGACAUCAGGCUUGGAAAAAAAGGAGCCACUGGUGCUUCCACCACAGUGUAUGCAACUGAAGCUAAUGGCAACCCUAGUGCUGACUUUGACCCUGAAAAGGAUGAGGGAGAGGUUCAUUACCUGAUCAAAUGGAAAGGCUGGUCGUACAUCCACAGCACAUGGGAGAGCGAGGAGUCCCUGCAACAGCAGAAAGUGAAGGGCCUGAAAAAACUAGAGAACUUCAAGAAAAAGGAGGAGGAGAUCAAGCAAUGGCUGGCCAAGGUAUCGCCUGAAGAUGUGGAAUAUUUCAACUGCCAACAGGAGCUGGCUUCAGAGCUGAACAAACAGUAUCAAAUCGUGGAGAGAGUAAUUGCUGUGAAGACCAGCAAGUCUGCGACAGGGCAUGCUGACUUUCCAGCAAACAGUCGCAAAACAUCCUCGAAUGACCCCGAAUACCUGUGCAAGUGGAUGGGACUGCCCUAUGCAGAGUGCAGCUGGGAAGAUGAAGCUCUGAUAAGCAAGAAAUUUCAGCACUGCAUUGACAGCUUCAACAACCGUAACAACUCCAAAACAAUUCCUACCCGGGACUGCAAGGUACUGAAGCAGAGACCAAGAUUUGUUGCCUUGAAGAAGCAGCCUUCUUAUAUUGGCAGUGAGAACCUGGAGCUGCGAGAUUAUCAGCUGGAGGGCCUCAACUGGCUUGCUCACUCGUGGUGCAAGAACAACAGUGUGAUCCUGGCUGAUGAAAUGGGCCUGGGGAAGACGAUUCAGACAAUCUCAUUCCUGUCGUACCUCUUCCACCAGCACCAGCUGUACGGUCCUUUCCUGGUGGUGGUUCCUCUGUCGACCCUCACCUCGUGGCAGAGAGAGUUUGAAGUGUGGGCACCUGAGAUCAACGUGGUGGUUUACAUCGGUGACCUCAUGAGCAGGAACAUGAUACGUGAAUAUGAGUGGAUCCACUCUCAGUCUAAAAGGUUGAAAUUCAAUGCACUUAUCACCACAUAUGAGAUUCUCCUCAAAGACAAGGCUGUUUUGGGAAGUAUUAGCUGGGCCUUUCUAGGCGUGGAUGAAGCCCAUCGUUUGAAAAAUGAUGACUCUUUGCUGUACAAAACAUUGAUUGACUUCAAGUCCAACCACAGGCUGCUGAUCACUGGCACUCCGCUUCAAAAUUCGCUCAAAGAGCUCUGGUCCCUGCUGCAUUUCAUCAUGCCUGAGAAGUUUGAGUUCUGGGAGGAUUUUGAAGAAGAUCAUGGAAAAGGUAGAGAGAAUGGCUACCAGAGCCUUCACAAAGUCCUGGAGCCGUUUCUCUUACGCAGAGUGAAGAAGGAUGUGGAGAAAUCUUUGCCAGCCAAAGUGGAGCAGAUCCUCCGUGUGGAAAUGUCUGCUUUGCAGAAGCAGUAUUACAAGUGGAUUUUGACAAGAAACUACAAGGCUCUUUCAAAGGGAACAAGAGGAAGCACAUCUGGUUUCCUAAACAUCGUGAUGGAGUUGAAGAAGUGCUGCAACCACUGCUACCUUAUCAAGCCUCCUGAGGAAAAUGAGAGAGAGAAUGGCAUUGAGACCCUGCAGUCUCUGAUCAGGAGCAGUGGAAAGCUAAUUCUCUUGGACAAGCUGCUGACCAGGCUGCGGGACAGAGGCAACAGAGUCCUGAUCUUCUCCCAGAUGGUGAGGAUGCUGGACAUCUUGGCAGAGUACCUGACUAUCAAACACUAUCCUUUCCAGCGCUUAGACGGCUCAAUCAAAGGGGAGAUCCGAAAGCAGGCGCUGGACCACUUCAACGCCGACGGCUCUGAGGAUUUCUGUUUCUUACUGUCAACACGAGCUGGAGGGCUGGGAAUUAAUUUGGCCUCUGCUGAUACUGUUGUUAUCUUUGAUUCGGACUGGAACCCCCAGAAUGACCUUCAGGCUCAGGCUCGGGCUCACCGCAUCGGACAAAAGAAGCAGGUGAAUAUUUACCGCCUGGUCACAAAGGGUACAGUUGAGGAGGAGAUCAUUGAAAGGGCCAAGAAGAAAAUGGUGCUGGAUCAUUUGGUGAUCCAGCGUAUGGACACCACUGGACGGACUGUUCUGGACAACAACUCUGGGCGAUCCAAUUCAAAUCCUUUCAACAAAGAAGAGCUGACAGCUAUUCUGAAGUUUGGAGCUGAAGAUCUCUUCAAGGAGCUUGAAGGAGAAGAGUCAGAGCCUCAGGAGAUGGACAUUGAUGAAAUUCUGCGCUUGGCUGAAACACGAGAGAAUGAAGUGUCCACCAGUGCCACUGAUGAGCUGCUGUCACAGUUCAAGGUGGCUAACUUUGCAACCAUGGAGGAGGAAGAGACAGAGCUGGAUGAGAGGCCCCAGAAGGACUGGGACGAUAUCAUUCCCGAGGAGCAGAGGAAAAAAGUGGAGGAGGAAGAAAGGCAGAAAGAACUGGAGGAAAUCUACAUGCUGCCUCGCAUCCGGAGCUCAACGAAAAAGGCUCAAACAAAUGAUAGUGAAUCAGAUGCAGAGACUAAGAGAAGGCUUCAGAGAUCAUCGGGGUCAGAAAGUGAGACUGAUGAUACCGAUGAUGAGAAGAGACCAAAGCGCCGUGGACGUCCUCGGAGCGUUCGAAAGGAUACUGUGGAAGGAUUUACUGAUGCUGAAAUCCGGAGGUUUAUCAAGGCUUACAAGAAGUUUGGACUGCCUCUUGAGCGGCUGGAGUGCAUUGCCAGGGAUGCUGAGCUGGUGGAUAAGUCUGUGGCUGAUCUGAAGCGUUUAGGGGAACUCAUCCACAACAGCUGUGUGUCAGCAAUGCAGGAGUAUGAGGAGCAGCUGAAAGAAAACCCAGGUGAAACAGGGAAAGGACCUGGGAAAAGAAGAGGUCCUACCAUCAAGAUCUCUGGUGUCCAAGUGAAUGUGAAAUCCAUCAUCCAGCAUGAAGAGGAGUUUGAAAUGCUGCAUAAAUCCAUCCCUGCAGACCCAGAGGAAAGGAAGAAGUACCGCCUGACGUGCCGUGUCAAAGCUGCCCAUUUUGAUGUAGACUGGGGAGUGGAGGAAGAUUCUCGCUUGUUAGUGGGAAUUUACGAGCAUGGUUAUGGAAACUGGGAACUAAUUAAAACAGAUCCGGAAUUGAAGUUAUCUGAUAAGAUCCUACCUGUUGAGACAGAUAAGAAACCUCAGGGAAAACAGCUCCAGACCCGAGUGGAUUAUCUACUGAAACUGCUGAAGAAGGAUCUGGAGAAGAAAGAAAACAUGAAAGAUGGGGAAGAGGGCAAGCUAAAGAAGAGGAAACCACGAAUAAAGAAAGAGAACAAGGCUCCCAAAGUCAAAGAUGAGCAUGGGAACGAACUCUCCCCUCCUCGGCACUCAGACAACCAGUCAGAAGAAGGUGAAGUCAAGGAUGAUGGCUUGGACAAGAGCCCAGUGAAAAAGAAACAGAAGAAGAAAGAGAACAAAGAGAACAAGGAAAAACAGACAAGCACUAAGAAAGAAAAGGAAAGUGAUAAAGAGAAAAAGAAGACAAAAGAAAAGAAAGAGAAGCCUAAAGGUGGUGAAGCCAAAUCUGGAAGUAAAGGGAAGAGAUCGCAAGGUCCCGUCCACAUUACAGCGGGGAGUGAACCAGUCCCUAUUGGAGAGGAUGAGGAUGAUGAUCUGGACCAAGAAACAUUCAGCAUAUGCAAGGAAAGGAUGAGACCAGUGAAAAAAGCACUGAAACAACUUGAUAAGCCUGAUAAGGGACUGACGGUUCAGGAACAGCUGGAGCACACACGCAACUGCCUCCUAAAAAUUGGGGACCGCAUCUCUGAGUGCCUUAAAGCCUACACCGACCAGGAUCUUAUCAAGCUAUGGAGAAGGAACCUAUGGAUAUUUGUGUCAAAGUUCACAGAAUUUGAUGCCAGAAAACUGCACAAACUCUACAAGAUGGCUCAUAAGAAAAGGUCGCAGGAAGAGGAGGAGCAGAAAAAGAAGGAGGACAUGGCCAGCAUGCCCAGCGUGAAGAAGCCGUUCCGCCCAGAGCCUUCGGGCUCCAGCCGCGAUCCUGCCAUGGCCCAGUCUCACGUGCCUCACAAUCCUCAUUCCCAGAAGCUCCACAUGCCCCCUUCCCACGCCCAGCAGCAAAUGCACGGGCACCCACGUGAAAGCUACGGCCAUCCCCCCAAGAGACACUUCAGCAACACAGACCGAGGAGAGUGGCAACGAGAUCGAAAGUUCAGCUACAGUGGCAACAGCAACCAGAUGUGGGGCGGGGAGCGGCAUCACCAAUACGAGCAGCACUGGUACAAGGACCACCACUAUGGGGACCGGCGAUCUCGUGGAGAGCCGCACCGCAGCUCUGGGAACUACAGACCAAAUAACCUCUCCCGCAAGAGGCCGUACGAACAGUACAGCAGUGACCGAGACCACAGAGGCCACCGGGAUUACUACGACAGGCACCACCACGACUCCAAGCGCCGACGAUCCGACGAGUUCAGGCCUCAGAAUUACCACCAGCAGGAUUUCCGACGGAUGUCUGAUCACAGGCCGCCCAUGGGGUACCAUGGCCAAGGACCUUCGGACCACUACCGGUCCUUCCACACAGACAAACCGGGAGACUACAAACAGCCCCUUCCUCCACCUCACCCUUCCGUGUCGGACCCUCGCUCGCCCCCCUCUCAGAAAUCUCCUCAUGAUUCCAAGUCGCCUCUCGAUCACAGGUCGCCUCUGGAUAGGUCGCUAGAACAGAAAAACAAUCCAGACUAUAACUGGAACAUUAGGAAAACGUAAAGCGACUGAGAAGGGGGGGAAACACAUCUGGAAAGACUUGGAUGCAACAACCAGAAACUCUGAACAUGCUGCUAUCAUCUUGCUGGGUCAAGGAGGAUUUUGGAGGAGCAGGUGGAGGAAGACUCAGUUCUAAUUUGGGUUCCCAUUUUGUUCCCCCCCCUUUCUCUCAUUGAACGUUGGAAACAGACUUGCCUCAUUCUUUUUCUUUGGUUUGUUUUCCCCAAUCCGACGGACACAUGGUGAAUUUUCCUCAGCCACAGUGUUUCCUCAAAACUGAGAAGGCGGAUCAGUGCUGCUUAGGAUUGUGCCAGAAGGCUGUGUGCCUGCGUGGUCUUGAUGUUACGUGACAGAUGCUGCUUUGGGACUGGGGAUAAACUGGUUGGGCUGGGCUUUGUGUGUAACCAGCAUAGGUCAAUGGAUGGUAUUUUCCAGGAGGGAUAGGAGAUUCCCUCAGCAUCCAAGCUGUUGUUGUCACAAGGGCUUGGUUGAAAGAGGAACUCUGUGUCCCUACAGUGACUCCAAAGGAGUUGGAUCCAUGCUGGUGACAAUCCAUCAUUUUUUUGGACUCAUUAUCAUUUCUCGUGUCUUUAUCCAUUUCAAGAAACUGGCUCUGCUCUGUCUGCCAUUGUGUCCACUGCCACAGAAGAGCAGAGGGGGAUCCAGGGCUGGAAUCAGCAAAUCUUGACUCUGGGAGACUCUGAGAUAUGUGAAAAAAGGCAGACUUCUUGUGUAGCAAAGGGUUAUUUCACUUCCAACAAGUAGGAAAGAAACUAGGGUGAGAGCAGUAUUUCCUCAUGGACAGGGCACAGGAAUUCGGAACAAGACCCCUCUUCUCUCCUGACAUGGGCAGCUUGGAUAUCCAGGAAUUAACACAGGUGCUGGCUGGGAGCAGGACAAGAGAUGGCUCUUGGCAUCUGGGGACCCUGAAGCUCUUAAUUCUGGGCAAGUCAUUUCUCUCUGUGCUUCACAAAAAGGUGAUCACAAAUCUAUACUACAACUAACAGAUAAGGGGUGGUAGCACAGAGUUGAAUGGCAGUGCUGUGAGCUGAUCUCUGUCUGGGAAUGGUCACCUGUCACCUUUCUGCCACCGUUCAGCAGUCCAAGUUGGAGAUGUGCCUGCGGGCUUAGCACUUAAGUGAGGAGGAAAAGAAAAAAAAAAGAGGAAUUCAGGACUUGGUACUUAAAAAUUCCUGGUGCAGGUGUUUUAGAGGCCCAGCGUGGCAGAGGGAGAAGAGGGGUUUGCAAGCCCAGCUCAGCGGGCAGAGCAAACAUUCCUCCAAGUGUUGGAGUCAUUGCAAAUGAUACAGAACAGUGUCCAGCCGGCAGUGUGGGGAGCAGUUCUGCAUGGGUUGCUGAUCAGAAGCCAGUGUGGUCUUUGUCAAUAGAACUGCAUCCCUGCAAAGAACAAGGCUCUCUCAACAGCCAGGCUGCCCAAAGCGUGGUGUCUGCGGAUGCUUCGUCUCCCAGAGUUCAGUAUUAAAGAUCAGGCCGUUCCAGGCUGCUCUUCUUGGUGGGGGGCAGAAGUUGAGGCUCUGUUAAGAUGCCAGUAUAUGACCUUAAUAAGCUGUGAUGUCCUUUCCCUGAUAGUCUGAGGGGUGUUGAGGGCUGGCCUUCCUGCUCCAGGCGCUUUGGAAAGCGCACACAAAUCAACACUAACCCCCACGUGUCCACGCCGUGCCAGAGGCGUUGAGGCAACGCGUUGCUGCUGCCUUUCUCACUAAGCUGUGAUUGCACUUGCUGUGGUAUUCUACAAAGAGGUCCUUUCUUUUCAGAGGUAUUAGCUUUUAAAGUAAAAUUGGAAGAAACCUCACAGAGGCAAGGAGCUCUUUUCAUGUUCACACAGUGGUGCUAUCGUGAUGGAGAGUUUGUGCCAUACAAAUCGUAGCAAGAGGCAAUACUGGCCAGACCAGUGUUAUGGUUGGUGCAGGGUAACUUCAAGCUUCCAACAAGAGGCACUUCUGUGCCCGUGCACGAAGGGUUCUGUUUGUCCCAGAUUCCAAGCAUGAGGUGGUUUGGGUUUUCUUUCUUGAAACCAGUGCAACAGCAAAAGCUUUGCUGUAGCUGGCAAAGUGUGGUCCCCACUGUCACAUGGUUCUGCCACUGAACAGUCCCCUGGUUUUGCUCACUCACAGUGGAUGGCUCCUCACUGGACUGCACGUUCAUGCGGCUGGAAAUCUGCAGGGAAAGUCUUCCCCAGGUGUGCGUGCACACAUUUUAUCCCCUCUAAAUAGGGACCAGACGUAGUCGCUUGGUGUGAGUGGCAUUGGAGAGGACAGAUCCACAGCCAUAAACGUCACUGCGGUAUCUGUGUCAGCACCUGGUGCAGCUCUUCCUUCUGAGCCAGCUGUGGGGUUUCCUCUCUCCUCUUUGCAGGAAAAAGUAGCAAUGUGUUGGGUUUGUUCAUUUGUGUGUUUGUUGGUUCGUUCAUUCGUUUGUUCAUCCGUUUGUCUUCUGAAGAACGUUUUUCAGCCUGAGCCCUGGGAAAUGUUGUGAGUUCAGCCCACGGAGUCCUGCAGAGCAGACAGGCUGUGCGGUGCCCAACCGAGGUGGCUCUUUGAGGUCCCUCACGUGAACAGUUUAAGUGACCCCCACACAACUAUUUUUCUGCUUUCACUCAUUUCCUCCCCACCUCCACCUCCCUCCAGGGAGAGAAGGACUCUUACUGUAAAAGUCUUUUAAACCUGUUGACUAAAAAAACAGUAAUUAAUAUUAAUUUAUAUUUGUGGGAAAAAAAAAAAAAUGCCACUGUCCUAGUGAUUUCUGAUGUAAAUAUGUUGUUUAUAUAGUAUGUAUUAAAUUUUCCUACAUUGUAAAA